CAUUGCUCCAGCUGCUACCUCCGCCGCUGCUUUUGCUACGAGGUGCCGGCAACUUGCGCUAUCCCGGUCAGCACGGCUUCUUUCUUUACCCGUUUGCGAGCUCACCGACGUCGGACACCAUGACGGGCGUUGCAGCUGCUUCGUUUUUCUCGAAUGCAUGCCGGUUCGGCAGCUGCGGACUGCACUUCGAGUCUCUGGCCGAACUCAUCGUUCACAUCGAGGACAACCACAUCGACACAGACCCCAGAGUGCUGGAGAAACAGGAGCUGCAGCAACCCACUUAUGUUGCCCUGAGCUACAUAAACCGAUUCAUGACAGAAGCAGCACGCAGAGAACAGGAGAAUCAGAAGAAGAAGGUUCAGCCCAAACUUGCAUUGUCAGCCACUGGAGGUGUGUCCCGUAGCAACACUUCUACGCCCCCUCGUCAUAGCAAUGGCAGCCUGACUCCACCUGUGACCCCACCCAUUACCCCUUCAUCCUCCUUCCGCAGCAGUACACCCACAGGCAGCGAGUGUGAUGAUGAGGAGGUGGAGUACGAGGACUCAGACAGUGAUGAGUCAUGGACCACAGAGAGCGCCAUAAGCUCAGAGUCCAUCCUCAGCUCUAUGAGUAUGAAUGGCGGCGAGGAGAAGCCCUUCGCAUGCCCUGUACCCGGCUGCAAGAAGAGAUACAAGAAUGUGAAUGGUAUAAAGUAUCAUGCCAAGAAUGGACACAGGACUCAAAUUCGAAGUUUGAAUGGGAAAAGCCUUAAUCUCAGGUCACAGUACUGCCAUGGUCAUUUUCACACAAAAAAAAAAAGACAAAAGGAGAAGGACUGCAGCGCUGCACCCUCCGUUUCGCUCCCUGAACAUGGUACGAGAACAGUUGCCACACGCUGUGGAAUGGGAAAGGAGACGAGGAGAGGCGAGGAAGUCCAGACACCACAUGCUUGUGUUUUGAUUUCCUCUCUUGUUAACCUGCCAUUGCCAAUAGCUUCACAGUGCCGAAGUAGCUCCCCUUCCCUGCUCUCCCAGUGGAGUGGGAAAGAAGUGAAUGAGCAAUGAGUGUCUAGAGGAAGCAGAUUUGUGCAGACCCAACGCUGGUGUGCAUGCUCUGCACUACUGUAUUGAAAGUGUGGAAAAAUGUAAGCGUGAGUGUGUGCAAGCGUGCACUUGCAUGUUUUAAGCCUUCUGCGAUGGUCGUCCGUUCGGAUCUGUGGAACGGUUUUUGUUUGCGUGAAUAUCUGUUGCCCUGCUUGCGCCAUGGAUUCCAGCUCCCCAGCAUGGAUUGCCCUCAUGGCCCUUCCGCAGUGUCUGCACUAGCAGCCUUACUGUAACAAUGAUACUAGCUGUCUGAAGUAUUAUUGCAAUGUCACGUUACUCUUGUGUCUUUAGUGUUCCAGUCAGCAGUGUCAUAGAUGCAGUCUGCUGGCAGUAGGGUCUGAGCAUCCUUUCUGUAGUGUUCAGUAUCCACUGUCAUGCUGGUGCCCGGUUUAAUAUUUCUUGUGCAGUAUGUUUUUGUGCUCAGCCAAAAUGUUUGGCUCUUCUGCCUAAAGGAGAAAGAGCUAAAAGAAAAAGCAUGUAUCCCAUUCUGUUAAUUAUUUUAUACUUUUUGCUAUUGUAAAUCUGGGGGGUGGGGAGUUGGGACAAUUGAAAAGCUAACAUGGAGAGCCAGAUCUUUCAUGCUUAGAGCAGACCCUGUUUUAAUUACCAAUUACAAGUCUGGUGUUCAGGACCAAUAUGGGCCAUCACAGGCACUGCUAGAACCCAAGGCACAGUGAGCAAUAUCAUGGCAUGGUUCGCCCACUGGAGUAGUCUUCUGACAACUUACCAUUGGUGUGUUAAAGGACUCUCCAUGAGGUGGCACCAGUCUGUAAAAUGGCCUUGUCCUGCUGCUAUUUGCUGGUUAAUUUCUAUACUACGUGUGAUUGGUACACAGUGAUUAUUUUCAGUUGCGAUAAGCUACUUGCUUGUAAGUGCAUCCAGUCCUUAAGCAGUAUUUGACGUUUAGUAUUUUUGGUGCUGUGAAAUCUGGAAACAUGUAUGGACCAUAUAUUAAAUGUUUCCUGAUGUCCCAUCUGUCACAUGAGAUGUUACCAUAAAGCUUGAAGGCAUUAAGAAGGAACUGGUGGUGUCAAGAUGCCAAAAACAUGUCCGAAAACAUGUCUAUUAACACCCACACGCAGGUGUGCAUGCACACAUUUGUCUCACCCUAUUGUGUAUGUAUGUGUGUAGAGUAGAAAGUGCCAGUUUAAGUGCUUAGGUAGAUGCAUAGAUCCACUGUCACUUUUCUCUGUAUUUGGACCGCACUUUAGAAAGUGAUUUGGUCCUGGCUCAUAACCACACACACACAUUUCAGUUGUCAGAUAAUACAGGUGUAGAAGAUAGGAUCCAUAUGACUUACAGUAAAUUUGUACAUUUGGACGUAAUGUGACUGACAUGAAUUUGUUAUUAAGUGGGAGAAGGUGUGAUGCAGUAUAGUGAAUGUAUUGUACUGUCUUUGUAAUGUGGUUUUAAAAUUAUAUUUUCAUACUACGUUUUGUGGAACACUGUGUAGCAAAAGCUAUUUGUAAGUGUGACAAAAUUUGUAUCAAGUGUGCAUAUGUGAAUGUAAGUAUGAGAACUUUCUCUCUAAAGCUGCUUAGGACAUUCUGAAAAAAAUAAAUGGAUGAACGGA